AUGGCAAAUAAGAGAAAUAGCGAAAAAGAUGUAGGACAUGAAGCAUGUCACUUAUGUUUCAUAAAAAAAUGAGUAGCUACUUCAUACUGACAGGCAAUUCUUCCUUCACAGGGUGACAAUAUUCUUAGUAAGAAGGGAAAGCAUGCGAAAUGGACAUCUUGCGAGCAGGUAUGCACUUAUCGUGUUAUGUAACUAACAAGUUGCAAAAUAAUUGAAGUGCAUGACUAUUGGACUAUUUAUUCUAACUGUCCGUACUUGUCUAUAGCUACCAGUACCGCUAACGCCACUGUCGCUAUGGCAACGAUGUCAUGAUAUUGUUUCAUACAAAUCCUAGGGGACAUAAAGACAUUUCCAUUAGCACGUUUUCAAAGUAAAACUUUGUGACUAGGAUAACAAUUGUAUUAGGAAAUGGCAAAUCACAUGGAAGGACAUAGAAAUUGUUUGAAGUUGUGUGUCCAACAUAUUUCGAUCUAUAGCCAGGAUUUACCUUUUAUACUGAGAAAAGUGUUUUCUCCUGUACUAUGAGAAGUUAAUAAUUGCAUUCUAAUUGGUCUUAUCUUUUAUUUAGAACUUGAAGGAAUAUUCAUGGACAGCCAUAGCUUUUGAGCAGGACUUCUACAUCGGUAGAGUGAGGGGAAAUGGGAAAUUCAAGCAGAUGGGGAGAAACUUGAUAUGGAAUUUGUCCAGAAAUGGGACGGUCGAUAUCGUUGGCCAACACGAAAAUACGAAGCGUUGGUCGAUAAAAGGUUUGAGAUGAGGGCGUCAGGGAAACAUUUCGUGCUUCAUCAGCCGACCGAGAUCGAAGACGACUUACGCAAAGAAUUUAAAGAAUACUACCGAAAAUUCUUUGCUGAGCCUGAGGAAAGCAAUUCGGCUGAUUGCAAGUAUGUCACGACGGUUUCCUCACUGGCAUCAGUGACAGAUUUUUGUCCAGUCGACUAA